AUGCCCCCAAGAUCAACUGCUCAUAAACGUCUUUUAAAAGAAUAUCAAUUAUUAUCGAGAGAUCCACCACCAGGUAUAAUAGCAGGACCAAAAUCAGAAGAUGAUUUAUUUAAAUGGGAAUGUUUUCUAGAAGGUCCUUCAGAGACUCCUUAUGAAAAUGGAGUAUUCCCAGCAAUAUUAACCUUUCCAAAAGAUUAUCCAUUAAGUCCACCAACAUUGAAAUUUGAUCCACCAUUAUUACAUCCAAAUAUUUAUUCUGAUGGGACUGUUUGUAUAUCUAUAUUACAUCCACCUGGAGAAGAUCCAAAUCAAUAUGAAAGACCAGAAGAAAGAUGGUCACCUGUACAAAGUAUUGAAAAAAUAUUGUUGAGUGUAAUAUCGAUGUUGGCAGAGCCAAAUCCUGAAAGUGGUGCAAAUAUUGAUGCCUGUAAAUUAUGGAGAGAUGAUCGAGAGUCAUAUAAUGAACAAAUUAGAAAACAUGUUAGAGAUUCUUUAGGUUUAUGA